AUCAACAAAAAUUAUUACUUUUGCGUCAAAGUAACGCAUCCAUGGUGAAAAUUUUUAACAAACAAAAAAAGGCGUGAUUAUUGCAUAAAUUUUGUGCUAAGUUUGGUGUGCACCGUGAGACACGCUAAAUUUGCAUUAAAAAACUGUAACCUAUGGUUGAAAAAUUAUUGUACCCAAACGUGCUGAGAUAUUGCGUAAAAAUACCGCACCAAUAUCUCGUCAAUACCCACAUUACAUGAGGCGUUAAAAUCAUGCAAUUUAUACGCAAUGAAUGGUGGGUGCGAAGAGACAGGCAACGCGCGAGAGUUUGAAUCUAAGAGAAGCGUGGUAUUUCCUUUUCUCUCCCACCCUCGCAGUCUCGUAAAUUCCCUGUUAAUUUAUCUGUUGUCUCAAUGUCGCCAAAAAAAUAUUACAUAAUUGAAUUCCCCCCUGAUAAAUACAAUUCAGUGCCUGUGGAGCUUGUUCCAAGUCACUGGGUUAUCCCCGCAGAGAAAGUUUGUCUCUGGCCACCAAACUCUGGGCCAAGUAUUAGAAAUUUGAUAAAAAAGGGCACUGCUAUUCCUGAUGUCAAGUGGGGAAGAGUUAGCUACGCCAGGAUUAUUGGGAAUUACGAUGAUUAUGAAGUUGCGACAAAAAAACUUCAAGUAGCCGAGGACACUUCCAACUUGGAAAGUGAAACAGAACCAGAAAGCAGAUUAAGGAGCAAGAAGAUAAUUCCCGAUAUUCAGCCCAGCAGCACACGAGGGGAUGUAACGUCUUCAUCCGAUGAGGAGGAUAGCGACGCGAACAAAAACAGUCCUCCGUCUGGCUCACUUCUGGAUAAUUUGGAGCUGGACCAACCAUUGAGCAUUCCUGAAAUAAUUCCCGAAACUGAAGAGCAAAGCAAUCUACAAGUAGGAAAUCAAGUUGAAACUGGAGACACCUCUUUUGUUGUUGUAAAUUCGCAGGAGUUAAAUGAUUUACGGCUGUUGAUUUCAAGGACAACGCAAAGUGUGCUAACUUUGUUGGAAAAGCAGGCUGAAGACAUUAAAGACAUUAAGGCUUUACUGAUUAAUGUGAAACAAAGGCCGGAUGGUAGGAAGGCUCCCAAUUUCAGUGCCAUUCCAAAAUUACCCCUCGACAACGAGGUAGCACUGGCGGAGUUUGAAUCUUGGCUCGAGGUGGAUUCAAAUCGCGAAUUACUGGUUGAAUAUUUGGCAUUUUCAACUGCGACACAGAUCGAGGCGAGCACUAGAAAAAUCUUGAAAAAAUUAUUUACGAAUGAAUUUGGCAGGCGAAUUAAUUUUACGGGUAAAGGAAACAAGACAUCGAUGAAAAACCUAAAACUAUUGGAAGUCGUAAAAGAAACCGUGCGAAACGUCUUUACAGUUGAGUCCGUUCCCGAUCCCAAAAAUCCCAGCGGCCGUAUUCCCACCGAUGAUAUAAUUCAAACUGCAGCAAUGAAUUGGUUUCGUUCUUCAAAAAGUAGGUGCAACGACGACGCUCCCUCGGGAAUUGCAUCAUAAUCAUGAUCGAGAUGGAAAAUCACCGAGAAACAUUAGGCGAAUAAUUGCAAAACGGGUUAGAGAGAAUCUCACUCGUGCAAAAAACAUACCUGCUAUUAGUAAUAAUCUUGUAAAUUUAGAUAUAUGUGAUUCUGUCGUUGAGGAUAGCGAUUCAGGUAGUAAUAUUAGCAAUAAUGAUAGAAGCAGUAAUGUUAUCCAUAAUAUUGACGAGCCAUUAGUUUCCGAUUCACUAAGCGACAAUGGUGUAGUAGAAAAUAAUAGGAAUAUUUUAGAUUUAACACGGGACUUGAGGGACUGGUCGCUUCGACAUAACAUAACGGGAGUAGCUUUAAACGAUCUUCUACGCAUAUUUAACUUUUAUCAAGAAUUUAGAUUUCUUCCAUUGGAUAGUAGGACAUUGCUUAAAAACUCAAUUAAAUAUUCUAUGAAAACUAUCGGUCAGGGUCAAUAUGCACACUUUGAUGUUAUUCAAAAUAUAAAACGGCAAAUAGAUUCCAAUUGUAUUCUUGCUUCUGGUAGCGAAAUUAAAUUAAACCUUAUAUUUAGUUUUGAUUGAUUGCCCAUUUCUAAGAGUAACAGUAACCAGUUUUGGCCAAUUCAAGCAAAGUGUGAAGAAAGUACGUACGGCGUAUUUGUCGUGGGUUUAUUUUAUGGCAAGACAAAACCAGAAAGUAUUGACGAAUACUUGAUGGAUUUGAUAGCAGAGUUAAAAAGUUUGCGAGUUGGGAUUAGUUACAAUAAUUUGAAAAUAUUUUGUAAGGUUUCAAAAAUAAUAGCUGAUGCGCCAGCCAGGAGUUUUUUAAAGCAAUGUAAAAGUCAUAAUGCAUACAAUGGAUGCGAGAAAUGUAUAGAUCCAGGUUUCUGGAAGGGACGUGUAAUUUUCAGAACAUUCGAUAGUCCACUUAGGACAGAUCAAGAUUUUUAUGUUCAAAAAGAUAAACACCACCAUGUAGGCAUUUCCCCGUUUACGGAGCUUAAAAGUUUGAUGAUUUCUUCGGUUCCUCUUGACUACAUGCACCUCAUUUGCUUAGGUGUGGUUAGAAAACUAUUAAGAAGUUGGGUAAAAGGUCCAUUGCCAUUUAAAUUAUCUUCUCGUGAUAUUUCAACUUUAUCAAGUAAAUUAGUAUUAUUUUCGCAUAGUUGCCCUAAAGAAUUUUGUCGUAAGCCGAGGUCAGUAAAAGAGUUAGAUAUGUGGAAAGCCACAGAGUUUAGAACUUU